AUGCCAAGAACUCAAUCUCCUACAGUCCUCUCACAGCAGACGAAGGUUCACUUGGACAAGGCAGAGGUUGUGGUCCUCAGGGACCAUCUGGAGGACUGGAGCAAUGGUUGCAAAACCAAUCUCGGCGGAAAAAAAAAUCCCAAGCCCCUCAUCAAGUAUGGCAGACGUUGGACGGCGAGGCAAGUCCUGAUCCAGACUCAUAAAGACCUCAUCCGAGAGGAGACCGGGGAGAUGGCUGGAAGUGAGGAGAUGAUCAGCAAGUGGCCAAAGGCAGGCGAAGAGAGGGAACAGGUGCAAGCCACGGCGGAGAAAUGGAACAAUCAAGCGGCGCCGCCAGAGGUUCAAGCCGAGGUCGCCGAGAGCAAGGGCGCCGAGAUGAUUGAGCAUUUCGCCACCAAAAUGUUCAAGCAAGCUGGAAUGAGGGUUUGUGUGCUGUCUGCAUGGAACAACAGCAAAGGGAAGCUCAUGUUAGGAGGUCAUGACUUCAAUGAACAGUUUGGGAACGGCGAGAGCUUCAUUAAAACAAGGGAUUGGGACGGCAUUUUUAUGCCGGAAUGGGGGGAAUAUGCUGGGGAGCAAUUCGAUGCAGAAGAUGGGGAAGAGCCCCUGAUGGUGAAGUCAAAGAAGCGGCAGCCCAGGAAGCUUGUUGAGCUCGAAGAAGAUGCCGAAGGUUGGCCGAUGCUCCCGGAUACAAUGGAUGGAAUCGUGCCGAGCAACAACACAUGA